AUAAUCACAAAAUGUAAUUGAUAAAAUGAGGCUGCCGGUUCUGAACCAUAAAACCGGAACCAGCUCGGUUUUGUGUUAUGUUAUCUAUCAACAAGUUCCGUAGCUACCAAAUAUACUCUCUCUGUCUCUCUCAAACUCAUCCAUAAAUCUAAAGAGAUUCACAUUACGUUUCCAUCAUUGCUUACUUUGUUCCUUCCACUUGCACCUUCUUCUAAAGCAGGUAGGACCAAAGCCUCUACACAACGCCUCUCUCUCUCUCUCUCUCACGCACACAGAUACAUACAAUUUCAGUCUAUAUAUAUGAAGCGUUUCAGAAGAUAACAGCUCAGGAAGAUGAAUGCGUUACGCUUUGUGUUGCCUCUGCUGGUGCUAACGUGCGCGCCGCGGUGGAUCAGCUCACAGGAGCAGCGGCGCGUGAAGAUGACUCUCGUCCAGAACGCUUCGUCGAUCGGCGCAUAUUGCUUGGACGGAAGUUUGCCGGCGUAUCAUUUGGACGGAGGAUUUGGAGCCGGGGCGAGCAACUGGCUUUUGCAAUUUGAGGGUGGUGGGUGGUGCAACGACCUCACAUCCUGCCUCGACCGAGCCACUACUCACCGAGGAUCCACUCGUCUCAUGUCUAAGGUUGAGGUUUUCUCCGGCAUUUUGAGCAACAACGCCUCCUUAAACCCUGAUUUUUACAAUUGGAACCGUGUAAAGCUAAGAUACUGCGAUGGUGCCUCAUUUGGCGGGGAUGCUGUAUUUGAUAAUGGAACAUCAUUGCUUUAUUUCAGAGGGCAAAGAAUCUGGCAAGCAAUCAUUCUUGAUCUUCUCCCAAAAGGCUUAGGCCAAGCAAAAAAGGCUCUGUUAUCUGGUUGUUCUGCCGGGGGCUUGGCCACCUUUCUGCAUUGUGAUGACUUGACUACAUAUUUGCCAGAAGAUGCAAGCGUAAAAUGUCUAAGCGAUGCCGGCCUCUUUCUUGAUGCACGAGACGUUGCUAUGAAUCACAGCAUGAGAUACUUCUACAACGGCGUAGUCUCUCUGCAGGGUGUCGAAAAGAACCUGGAUAAGAACUGCAGGAGUAAUGGUUAUCCCGAACUAUGUUUCUUCCCACAAUAUGUACUGCCAUAUAUCAAGACGCCCUAUUUCAUCUUGAACACAGCAUAUGAUGUGUAUCAAUUUCAUCAUAUCUUGGUGCCGACAGCUGCUGAUCCGAACGGUCACUGGUAUCACUGCAAACUUAGUCCUAAAGCUUGUAAUGAAGUCCAGAUAGCUACUUUACAAGGAUUCAGGAGAUACAUGCUCGAAACGCUGCAGCCUUUUUACACGAACUCAACAAGUGGAGGGAUGUUCAUAAACUCUUGUUUUGCUCAUUGCCAAAGUGAAUCACAAGACACUUGGUUAGCACCAGACUCUCCAAGAGUAGACAAUAAGACCAUCUCAGAAGCCGUCGGAGAUUGGUACUUCAGCAGAAGGAUAAGCAAGCAGAUAGACUGUGAAUAUCCUUGUGAUAACACUUGCCAUAAUCAGAUCAACUGAUGAUAUGUAGAGUCAGGGAUUUGUUUAUACAAAGAAGAAGCAUAUAGAUAUACUCUUUAAAGAGAAAUUUUCAUUCUUGAAGGAUGCAGCUUGAACAAAUUCAAAUUAUGAGAUCCACUACCAUUCAUCCCCCAAUUGGAUAUUUAUAACGAGAUUUGCUAUAAAGUUAUAUUGUUAUAGUCUCA